AUUUGGAUUUGUGUUUACUCUUUGCUAAAAGAAUAGACAAAAUCCGAAAUAUUGAAAGUAUUUUUUCAGUGUUUAAUAAGGAUACAGUUUCAUGGACGCAGAAUUUUUCGCUAUCCAUGUGUUCUACUUUUGAAACCGCUACAACUUGAUUUCGAGGUAUACUUUGGCUGAUAAUGGAUGGUACUGCACAACCUGAAACCCAAAACCCAUCAACUGUUAACCCAGAAAAUGAAAAGGCACCAACAGGCAAACAGAACACGCCCUCAGGUAAUAAGAAGUCUGUUGAUCCCAGACUAAAAGACUGGACCAAGGAUGAAAUCUAUGAGCUUCUGCAAACAAUCAAAGUGUUUGGUUCUCAAAAUGUUACAUGCAUAUCUCAAAGUAUCCCAACUAAGUCAGAACAGCAAAUAAAAGACGCCAUUGAAUGCUACAAAGAAAGAGCUGUCUCCAAACAUAAUCCUAUUAAAAGAAAAAUGUGGUACUCUAGAAAGCAUUGCAACAGACCACCAAUACCACUAAUAAGCUGGGCAAAGUUUUUGCAAGAUUCUCUUACAUUCAAGGAUCUACAUACUGAAACUGCAACGGCUCUGAGAAUUAUUGCAGAAUUUGACAACAUACCCCCGGCAGCUAGUACUGAAAACAUUGAUUUUAGAAACCUAUAUCAUGCUUUAGCUAACGCCAUGGAGGGCAAGGCAAUAGCGGACGACGGGCCAAUGCUUGCCAUUCUUAACAAAUGUAUUGUGGAUACUGCUUUGACCAGCAAAGCAUUCAUGCGUUUAGGGACAUUGCAAAACAUUAUUGAAUGGAUUGAUAUGUCUGAAAAGCCCUGUGUGUUACCGAGACCCACUGACAAUUUUGAAUUGGCAACAUUGAGGCAUUUGGCGUCACAAAGAACAUACAAUCCACUUGGUAUCCCUGAGCAAUAUCUUAAGCCAAUUUGAUUUAAAUAAGGUAACUAUUAAGGAACAUAAUAAAACUGAUUAUUAAU